ACCAACAAAAGCUCCCUCUUUUUCAUUCAAUGCAAGGCAACAAUGGCGCACCUUUGCAACCUCCAAAUCCGUGUUAAUGCUAAAUACGUAUUCUUUAUCGAUGAGAACAUCAUAGCAGCAUUCUCAGGACGGUUGAAGAAGAUCAUCAAGAACGAAAAAAGAAGAACCCAAAUCAAGAAUUCCGGUAUAGAAAUCUAUGACUUCCCCGGAGGUCCAGAUGGGUUUGAACUUGUCUCCAGAUUCUGCUAUGGUAAUGGCAGAAUCGAAAUCACUGUGUCGAAUGUGUCCCUUCUCCAUUGUUGUGCUGUAUUUCUAGGUAUGACUGAGAAAGUCUUCGCUGGAAAUCUCCUGCAUCAAACGGAGAGUUUUUUGGCCGGAUUGUUUUACUGGUCCUGGAAUGACAUAGUUUUGAGUCUGAAGAAUUGUCAGUCGUUCUUGUCGUACGCAGAUUCUUGUGGUCUUGUGCAAAAGCUCAUUUGUGCAUUGAUAGCAAAGAUUGCUCAGAAUUCUGAAAUGAACCUCAUUGCUUCAACAUCUUCAUCUUCUUCUUCUCCAGAAACUGUUUCUGGGUUCAGAUUUUCUGCCUCAUCAAAAGCUACUCCUGAGUCAAUCAAGGUCUCAAAAUCAAGCAAAGCUUGGUGGUUUGAUGACAUGACUGUCUUAUGCCCACAAAUUAUUGAAAGGGUCAUCAAGAGUUUGGGGGCUUAUGGUGUUGAGAACAAGAGCUUAAAACUCACAAAGUUCCUCCUUCAUUACCUGAAAAGCACAGUUCAUGGUAAAGGCAGUACAUCAGGUUCUGUGAAUUCAAGGUCUGAAUAUGGUGGUCUAGCUGACACAGCUGUUUAUGGGGUGAUUUCUGUGGGGAAAAAUGAAUUUUCUUGCAGGAGACUGUUCUGGGUAUUGAGAAUAGUCUCAGGUUUUAGUAUGAGCAAAGCUUGCAGAAUUAGGUUGGAGAGAUUAAUCGGCGAGAUGCUUGAUCAAGCAACACUAGAUGAUUUGUUGGUGUCUGGCCAUGACAAGGGUGUCUAUGAUGUUAAUCUCGUAUUAAGGUUGAUUAGAGUAUUUGUCAAUGUAGAUGGUGUAUCCCUACAAAGGAUGAAGAGGCUUGGUAUUCUAAUUGACAAGUACUUGGGUGAAAUUUCCCCUGAUCAAAACCUGAAGAUUUUGAAAUUUCUUGCUGUUGCAGAGAGUUUGCCUGAUUCAGCCAGGGAUUGCUUUGAUGAAGUCUACAGGGCUAUUGAUAUCUACCUUGAGUCUCAUCCAACUCUUUCGUUUGAGGAAAGAUCAAGGUUAUGUAGAUGCCUGAAUUGCUCAAAGCUCACCCUCGAAGCAUGUAAAGACCUUGCAAAGAAUCCAAGAAUCCCACCAAAUGUUGCAGUUCAAGCACUUAUGUCCCAGCAAUCCAAGAUACCCCGAGAUCUUGAAGUUGAAUAUGAGAGCAGUCCUAACAAGAACUCCCGAAUGAUAUUGUACCAAUGUAGUUCGGACAUAGAGGAGAAAUGUUCAGAAGAGAAUAACGAGGAACUCAAGCUGAAUCUGCAGAGGAUGCAGUGGAGGGUGCUGGAGUUGGAGAACGUGUGUAAGGAAAUGAAGGGUCAGAUGUCAAGGUUGGUAAGGCAUAAUGUCAUGAUUGCCUCCUCUCAGGGUAGAGCAUUGCCAAGACUCUGUUGAAGCUCUUUGCAUGGAAAAUAAUCAAUAAAAAAAUCUCCAUAUGUACAAGAUUCUAUUCUUACUGCAAGUUAUAAUAUAGAGAAAAUUGCUAA